AGAUCGAAGCGCCUGCAGUUGUUGGUCAAUCAAAUACAGAUAUACUGCACUGCCGAUGACGAAUGCUCUUCUCAGGCUAUUGAUUUGGAUUUAGAGAACAAGUUUCACGCUAAUAUUACCCUUUUUAUCGAAGCCUUGCAAUCGGAACAUUCUCAUUCUCCACUUGUUUCAUCUUCACCUACCUUACUCUAUUUUCGAGUUUAUGAAUUAAGACUUCUUGAAAAUGGUGCAGAAGCCGUUUCUGUUGCAGUACCACUCGCGUCCGCUGACCUGCGUGCGAUUCAAUCGGGACGGGGACUUUUUCAUUUCCAGUGCCAACGAUGGGCGAUGUUGUCUUAUCCGAACCGAAACCGGCGAGAGAAUCGGAACGUACGAGGGACACGACGGUGCAAUGUAUCAAACCCCCUCCAAUAUCUUUUUUUUUCGCUGUUCUUGCUUGAGGUAUUUGCACUCCGCGGCACGUUUUGCAAAAUGCAUGAAUAUGCUCUGAAUCUCUGCAAAAUGCAUAGACGGAAAAGUUGUAAAGAGGAAUUCCCUACAGUGUUUUUUAUGUACUCCAACCCAAGUUACAGUUAGUACAUGCUACCAUGAUCAUUUCACAACAGCAAAUCGUGUGACAUCGAUGCGGAAUCAAGCAUGGUGGUAACAGCCGGCGCAGACAGCAGGGUGGUUUUCUACGAUGCUCAGACCGGCGAUGUUAUCUACAGUUUGAACCACGGCGGAAUUGUCAAGUAUUUCAUAUACUCCAAAAUUUAAGUGACACAUUACAUGAUUCUUGUCUGAGCUGAUUGAGUUGCAUCGCCGUGUUGCAUUCAUGCCUCCAUUUUUACCGAAGGAAGGGAGGGAGAAUGUUGACCGGAACUAAGUGAUGAAAUGUACAUAAAAAGCAUUUUUGAGCAACCCCGCCCCACACAACAGGUCCGUCGAGUUCAACCAGCACCCCGAAUGCCAGGAUCGCAUUGUCACGUGCGCUGACAAAUUCAAGACCACGCCAAAUAACAUCAGCAUCUGGCAAUUUGACUUUACCACAGACGAUCCCGUCUGCGAGCGCGUCCUUAUGCUGGCAGAGGAGCUGCCAAUGAAGGCCACUAUGGUAAGUUCGUUUAUUCUUGUUUCUCGCGCCAGCUACGAUCGCUUGCACAAGAUAUUUGUACUUCUACAAUUCCAAGAAUUCAUGUGUGGUGCAACAUUACAAGCAACCAAAGAAAUUUAACGCUUUCUGCUGUUCUUUAAGUUGCGACGAUUUAUUUCUCCCUUGACAGGUCAAGUGGGGUCCCUUCGACGAAACCCUGAUUUCGAUCCAUGAAGAAGGAACCUUUUGCGUGUGGGACAUUUCAAAUGCCCAACUCAUCAAGCUCGUCGAAGCGCACCAGCAGCCGAUAAAAUCGCUGAACUUCAACGAAAACCGAACCCUUCUCCUGACCGCGUCACGAGACAAAACCGUGAAAAUGUGGGAGACUCAGGUAGGAGCUUAUGGAUCAACAUUUUUUACCGCUGUUUUUCGACACUGCAGUAGAGACUUGACAUCAGGAAAGUCCUCCUAAAGCAGUAGGUACCGAAUUAUUCACUUCGGGGCGAAUCAUGGAGUUCUCGUGUGUUGCACAUUAGAAUCGUGUCUUGUUCAUUGUUGUCCCAUGCCAUCUUUAUUCAAUUCUAACAUUCAGGAAUAUUCCUGCCUGAAGAAGUUUCAAAGCAACCGACCCUUCAACGACGCAGUGCUUUCGCCGCUUUACACCGACCCAGUAAACCCAAGGUACUUACUCCUAACUCAGUAAGUGAAAGAUAGGCAAUAGUGCCCUACUUCUAGGGACCUACUUACUCUUUUUUGAUUGUGGACGAUGUCACAUGCAUGCUUUUAUCCCUUUCUUAGAUUGGCACUCCUGCGGUCACGAUGAAAUGACAGAUGCGGGGUCCUCUCUGCUCUGAGGAGCAGGAACAUGAAAUUGUGACGCGACCCUGGGUGCCGGAAAAACAACACAGGUAUCACGUCCUCGCCGGUGGUGGUGUGGAGGCACGCGAAGUGACGCAAACGACAGAGGGUGGGUUCGAGUCCGUGCUUUUCAACAUGGUCUUGGAAGAAGAAAUCGGAACCAUCAAGGGCCAUUUCGGUCCCAUGAACACCAUCGCCAUUUCCCCGGAUGGAAGGAGCUACGUCACCGGCGGAGAAGAAGGGUUGAUUCGUCUUAUCCACUUUGACCCAGACUACUUCACGCGCAAAGAUCUGUAAGAACUGCACCGGAAAGUAGAACAAGCUUAUGAAUAAAUGACAAGCCGGUGCCGAACUGUUUGAUGACUAACCGGUGCUGCUGACGAGUAAGGAAAAUGCAACAAGCCAACGUCUUCCAACGAACAAUGACCGGAAGAGAAGAAACACCUUCAUUUUGGAUUCAACGCACAAUGCAAGGAACGGCUCCUCAAGAAGUAGACCGAGGAACCGUUGCCGAGAGCAAUAGAAACGAAUGUGUAGUCGCAAAAUUUCUGCUGCGCAAACGAUGCAGCAAUACGCUGCACUAAAAGGUAUCAGUUCUCAGGCACGAGAUGUGCCUCUUGCGCUGGAGCAUAACAGUUGCACUGGCACGUUCCCGGAUGAAGCGUGCCACUGCAGAAAGAGUGUGAAAUCGGAAGCCGACAGAUUCUCGAGAAGAUUCGAAUAAUUACUUUCGGCUUUUUUACUGUGCCUUGACGGCUUUUUUUGUGUGUCUCUGGACAUGCAGGUUCAAUGAAUAGCGUGUUCUCCUCGAGGGUGUUGCCUACCGUGUUUCUGAACAAGCCUCCGCGCGCGAUUUUGUUUUUGCAUUCACAUGUGAACCAUUGCUGCGUUUGUUGCGCCCAAUCUUUGGCCAUCUUUUCUUCUUGCGUUCGGGUGCCGGGUCGGAGACUUGCCGGAUUAUCGAGCAUGCGAAGAGACGGAC